CAUUAAUAGUUAUAAUAAAAUGGAGAAAGAAAAUAAGAAAAACAAACUUUUGUGUUGCCGUCAAAAUAAAAGGCCUCCAUACAAUAAUGUGGUGACGUAAAUUUUCUGUGAUUAAAUUGUUUCAAAGCAAAAGAAGAAAGGAAAAUGUCCGCUGCUGCUGCUGAUGCUUCUUCUUCUUCUUGUUCGGCUUCUUCUGUGUGUGAAUCGAAGGAAGAAGCAGUGAAAGAAGGACUCAAUCAAGAACAACAAAAGCAAGAAGCAAUUAAAGAGUGCAUGCACAAGACUAAGGUUAUACAGUUCUUAGGUCGUACUACGCCUAUUAUUCUCCAAAACGACAAUGGACCUUGCCCUCUCCUUGCCAUCUGUAAUGUUCUCCUUUUAAGGAAUAAUUUGAACCUGAGUUCCGAUAUAACUGAAGUUUCACAGGAGAAAUUGCUUUCACUGGUGGCCGAGCGCGUCAUUGAUUCCAACAGUAAUGUCAAUAAUAAAGAUGCAGGUUAUGUUGAAAAUCAACAACAGAAUAUUGCAGAUGCAAUUGAUUUACUUCCACGCCUUGCUACAGGGAUUGAUGUAAAUAUUAAAUUCAGGAGAAUAGAUGAUUUCGAGUUCACUCCUGAGUGUGCCAUAUUUGAUCUGCUUGAUAUUCCCCUCUAUCAUGGUUGGAUAGUUGAUCCCCAGGACUAUGAAACUGCUAGUGCCAUUGAGUCAAAAUCCUACAAUGCCAUUAUGGAGGAGCUUGUUGCAUUGGAAACACGAAAUAUGGAGGUUUCACAUAAAAAUAACUCUGAAGAUUGUGUGGAUUUUGCUGCUGCAACCACUGCCACUCUAGGAGUUCCCUCUCCUAACCUUUCAAAAACCAGAUCUUUUGAUGAUUCUCCUUGUUUUGUGUCUGAUCAGCAAAUAUUAAGAAAGGGGGAUCUUGAGGAGGAAGAAGAGCUAUUGAGAGUCUUGAAAUUGUCAAAAGCUGAAUUGCCAACCUCAGUUGGUGAUCCUGGCAGUUUAGAUGAAAGAUCAUGUUCAAAGAACCUUGUUUCUGUAGAUUCUGUAGAUACAGUAGAGGGGGACAAAGGUGUUGAACAUCAGAACUUGCAGUGGCACAAACCAUCUUUUUCUGAUAAUUGCACUUUCUUGAGCAAUGGUAGUGGUAUUAAAACAUGUUUUGAGACCCUCACAAGGGAAGAGUCCCCAAAGACUGAUGGGAUUAAUCAGGAUCAGUUAUCUUACGUUAAAUAUAGGCAAAUUAGCCUUUCAAAUGAUGUGGUUGAGAAGAGUAAUUUUGAGACAAUGGUUUUCAAGGGGAGUAGUGCUGAAGAAUCGCUCCAGAUUGAAAGUGCAGCUCCUGUUUCUCUGGCAAAGGAAACUGCUUCUAUAGAUGGAAAGAACACUGAAAUUUCACAAGGGGGUGAAACAAUUGAGAUUCAAUCCACUUCUGCUACUGAUGCUCAGGACAUUCCAGAUAAUGUGAAUGGGUGUGAUUCACCAGAAGUAUCAUCUGUGUCUUUACAAAAUGCUAGUUCAGAUUCAUCUGGUGGCAGAAUGCAUCAUGCAGAUGUACCUGAAGCGUUUACUUCUAGUCUUGAUGGAAGUGAACCUAUAUAUGAAGGUGAAGAAUGCAUAUUAGAUUCAGUAACAACAACAUAUGAGGACCGGGAGCCUGUAUAUGAAGGUGAGGUAAUUCUUGCAAAACAAGCUGAAAAAAGAGCUGUAGAGGACUGCAAUGUGAAGUCUAAAGAUGAAAUCACUCCACAAGAAGGGGAACUGAUUGGAAACUUUUUGAAGAACAAUGCCAGUCAAUUGACCUUUUAUGGGCUUUUUUGCUUACAAGAUGGUCUUAAAGAACGUGAGCUUUGUGUUUUUUUUCGUAAUAAUCAUUUCAGCACCAUGUUUAAGUAUGAUGGUGAACUCUAUCUUUUAGCUACUGACCAAGGUUAUCUAAAUCAGCCUGAUUUGGUUUGGGAGAAACUAAAUGAGGUCAAUGGAGACACACUGUUUAUGACUGGCAACUUCAAGGAAUUCAAGGUGGAUAGUCAUGCCACCGGUACUUGGGAUGAACAAAAUGCUAUGGCUAGUGCUGCUGACUACAUUGCCACCAUUGAUAGUGCAUCGCAAGCAGGAUUGGACAUAACCUCAGAUUUACAGCUUGCAAUAGCUCUACAACAACAAGAGUUUGAACAACAGCCGCAGCGUCAGAAUGUGCAGCAACCACCCAUUGUUGGUGGUUCAAGAAUAGUAACAGGUCCCCAGGUGCCGAGAAGCAGUGGAAGGAACUCUUCAUCUUCAUCAUCAAAGCAAGAUGCAAAAUUAAAAGAAAAGUGUAUUGUGAUGUGAGUUUCGCUUUAAUGCAUUUGGGAAAUCAUUGUACUGUAAAUGGUGGGUGUCUUGGUCCAAUUGCAUUUCAACACUAAUAAAAACCCUGAUUAACCA